CUCCAGGAUCCGAUGAUUACAGGGCAGCUGAGCAAGCCGCUGCUCUCCCUGCGCAGCGACAUGAGCGCAGCAGAACUCCGGGCGGAGGACAAAGCGGCCACUCCAGACAGCGAUCUGAACGACGAGCCCCUGCUCCUGUCCUCCGAGGCCACGGACAGAGAGGGCACUCCCAACAAGCUGUACGGAACCCGUGAUGGUUCGGUCCAGUCCGACGCCAGCAGCAGUCCGUCUGAGCAGAGUCAGCUGGGCCAGUCUCACCCAGGAUACCCAAUCGGUCCACAGUCUCUCCUGGUGGCCCAGCAGCUGGCCAACACAGUAGGUGGCGUGAUGUCCGGGGCAGCGCCAGGCAUGAACCAGCCCAUCCUCAUCCCCUUCAAUGCAGGCGGGCACCUGGGAGGGCAGCAGGGCCUCGUCCUCUCCCUCCCCACGGCCAACAUCCAGAGCCUGGUGGCUGCUGCUGCUGCAGGGGGCAUCAUGACUCUGCCCCUCCAGAACCUGCAAGCUACCUCAUCACUGAACUCCCAGCUCCAGCACCUGCAGCAGCUCCAGCAGAUACAGCAGCACCACCAGCAGCAGCAACAACAGCAACAGCAACAACAGCAGCAACACCAUCACCAACAAACCCACUCCCACGCCCAGAACCAGCUGCCAUCCCAGCAUCACAUGACCCCGCCCAGCCAACAGCAGUCCUCCGUCCCUUCCCCUGGUUCUGCCUGCUCCUCCACCUCCGGCCAGCAGCCGCAGUCGCCGCCUCACCGGCCCAGCCAGUCGCCGGCCCGCAGCCUGCCUUCACCCGUCACCCCGCCCAUGCCUCUGCAGCUGAAUCCUCUGGCCAGCCAGGCGGCAGUAGCAGCAGCAGCAGCCAUGGGCUCGAUCGCGGGUUCUCAGGUGUUCGGCAACACCCUGUCAAACCUGCAAGGAGCUACUGGACAGCUGGUCACCAACGCACAAGGACAGAUAAUUGGAACAAUCCCACUGAUGCCCAACUCUGCAGGGCCCUCCAGCCAAUCAGGGGGUGGCAACCCAGCACUGCAGGUACAGCCAAUUACACCUCAGCUUCUGACCAACGCUCAAGGCCAGAUCAUCGCCACGGUGAUCGGCAAUCAGAUCCUGCCUGUCAUCAACACCCAGGGAAUCACGCUGUCACCAAUCAAGCCUGGACAGCAGCUGCCUCAGGCUCAGCAGGGUCAGACAGGCCCAGCGUCGUCCCAGCCCAACCUGCUCCACAUGCCCCACAGACAGAGUCCUCUCCACCAGGCCUCUUCCUCCUCCUCCACCUCCUCCUCUUCCUCGGCGCUCAGCGUGGGACAGCUGGUCAGCAACCCUCAGACUGCUCCCAGUGAGGUGGAUGGGGUCAACCUGGAAGAGAUUCGGGAAUUCGCCAAAGCAUUCAAGAUCCGCCGCCUGUCGCUGGGCCUGACACAAACUCAGGUGGGCCAGGCGCUGAGCGCAGCCGAGGGGCCGGCUUACAGCCAGUCUGCCAUCUGCAGACACACCAUCCUGAGAAGCCACUUUUUCCUACCACAGGAAGCCCAAGAGAACACUAUAGGUAGCAGUCUGACAGGCAAACUGAACCCUGGCCUUUUAUAUCCUGCCAGGUUUGAGAAGUUGGACAUCACCCCUAAAAGCGCCCAGAAGAUUAAGCCCGUUCUGGAGCGCUGGAUGGCCGAGGCUGAAGCCCGCCACCGAUCCGGCAUGCAGAACCUGACUGAGUUUAUCGGCAGCGAGCCUUCGAAAAAACGCAAGCGGAGGACCUCUUUCACCCCGCAGGCACUCGAGAUCCUCAACAGCCACUUUGAGAAGAACACACACCCCUCUGGACAGGAAAUGACGGAAAUAGCCGAAAAACUGAACUAUGACAGGGAGGUGGUUCGUGUCUGGUUCUGCAACAAGAGGCAAGCCUUGAAAAACACAAUAAAGCGUUUGAAACAGCCUGAACUCGGCCCGGCUGCACCCAUGGACCCUCUCACUGAUUCUCUAGAGGAGCUCCCAAAGUAA